GAGCAAUAGAGGGGGCUGUAUGUGCUGCAGCACAGGCAGAAGCAGCAGCAGCAGCAGCAGCAGCAGCUGCAGCAGCUGCAGCAGCUGCUGCUGAUUCUGCAGAUGGUAAUAAUACUGCAACAGCAGCAGGAGGAGACAAUUCAGCUGCAGGACAAACACCAACAGCAGCAGCAGGAGCAGCAGCAGCAGCAGCAGGUGCAGCAACAGCAGCAGGAGGAGGAGGAAGAAUAAAGAGACAAUUAUUACAGACAGCAACCCCCCCGAGUAACCCCUUGUUAGAUAGAGGAGAGAGAGGAGGAGCAACAGCAGCAACAACAGCAGCAGCAGCAGCAGCAACAACAACAGCAGCAGCAGCAAGAGAAAUAAAGGCAGAAGCAUUAAGCGAACAAAUGCUAAUAGAUUGUUCUUAUUCUUAUGGUAAUGAAGGAUGUAAUGGAGGAGAGAUAGAGGAAGCAUUUAAUUAUGUUAUAGAUAAGGGACUAUGCAAGGAGGAGGCUUACCCUUAUAAGGGACAGGAGGGGAGAGCAUGUCUUGCCUCUGCAUGCAGCCCCAAAAAAUAUAUACAUGGAUAUAUAGAUAUACCUAAAGGAGAUACUUUAUCACUUUUAUAUACUGUCUCCUUUCUCUCUCCUGUCUCUGUUGCUAUACAAGCAGAUGAGGCCCCUUUUGUCUUCUAUAAGCGCGGUGUAUUUGCUGCUCCUUGCGGUGUAUCCUUGAAUCAUGCUGUUCUUGUUGUUGGGUACCAUAGAGAGGAGACACAGUAUCCAGCAGCAAAUGCAGCAGCAGCAGCAGGAGGAGAAGGGGGAGAAGGGGGAGAAGGGGGAGGGGAUAGGGGUAAUAAGGACUAUUUUAUUGUUAAGAAUAGUUGGGGAAAAGAUUGGGGAGAAGAUGGAUAUAUUAGGAUGGCUAUGCAUGCAGGACCAGAGGUUCUUAUCCUGUUGUUGAUGGUCAACCUAAAGUCCCCUCCUAAGUAUAUAACCUACACAUCCCUGCAGCAGCAGCAGCAGCAGAAGCAGCAGCAGCAAGGUUGGGGGGAGAAGUAG